AUGAAGAUGAUGACAUCAAGACCGGCAUUUGACGUAUCGUAUGGAACAGACUAUUACAACUGGAAGUCUCUAGGGGAAGCUCAAGUCGUUGAUGUCGGAGGUGCCCGAGGCCACUUCGCUAUGGCCCUUGCAAGGAGAUACAGCCAACUCCGUGUUGUUGUGCAGGACAUGGCCAAGGUAAUUGAGAGUGCAGAUGCAGGUGACGUAGCAGAGAGGGUUCGCUUCUUGGCCCAUAAUCUGUUUGAUCCUCAACCCAUCAGAGCUGACGUAUUUUUCUUUCGUUGGAUCCUCCACAACUGGCCCGAUGUCUAUUGUAUUCGCAUCCUGAAAGCCCAGUUACCAGCAUUAAAGCCCGGGGCGAGGCUUGUUAUACAAGAAGUCUUCAUGCCUGAGCCGGGAUCCAUAGCCUACUGGAAUGAAAGAGAUAUCAGGUAUGUUGCAGCAUUAGCUGAUGAUAAUAUACGUCUGACGCUUUUCUAG